UGCAUUCCAUUGUACACAGGGUGUAGUGACAGGUCACGGACUGAGCCUCUGACUGAAAAUGGCAUCUAGUAUAUGUGAGAGUGUUCUGGUGACUGGGUCAAACCGGGGAAUUGGACUUGAGUUGGUUCGCCAGUUGGUUGAUUCACCCUCACCUCCAGGUCAGAUCUUUGCUGGUUGUAGAGACCCAAAUGGAUCAAGGGCACAAGAACUCCAAGAACUAGCUAAAAAACACCAGGAUGUGGUCACAGUUGUUCAACUUGACACUGAUUGUCCGACUAGUAUAACAAAGGCCUCAGAGUUGAUGAAAGCCAAGCUUAAAGAGAAAGGCCUGAAUCUUAUCAUCAACAAUGCUGGUGUGAACAUCCCAGGAUCCUUAGCGGAGACAGGAAAAAAGGAGAUGGUGGAAGUGUAUACAACUAAUGUUGUAGGACCAAUGCUCAUUGCAAAGGAAUUCCAUCCCCUCCUGUGCAAGGCUGCAGCUCAGUUUCCACAUCAGACAGGCUUGUCUUGCAGUAGAUCAGCUAUCAUCAAUGUCUCCACACUGAUGUCUUCCAUCGCCAUAUGUCGUGAUAAUUUCUCCAGAGCUCCAAUGUACUCCUAUCGGAUCAGCAAGGCUGCCCUGAACAUGUUAACCUGCUGCUUGGCAGAAGAUUUUAGAAAAGAUAGCAUACUAGUUAUGGCUCUGCAUCCAGGAUGGGUCCAAACAGAGAUGGGAGGCCCACAGGCUCCCCUAACAACAGCUGAGAGUGUCACAGGUAUGCUGAAAGUGAUUGCAAGCCUCACAGAUAAAGACAGUGGAACUCUUUUAGAUUGGAAAGGCAAUAACAUCCCAUGGUGAUUGCUCAAGUCAUCCGAUGUUUCACAUGUACUUCUACAUUGUUGUUUUUCUAUGUUAUGUUAUGUCUAAAGUAUGUCUGAACAUUUUUCUGUUGCAAAUAAAACAGUUCCCCUAGCA